UGACCGCGGGGGGAGCCCCUGCCUUGUGCUGCGCGACUUGGGCGCUCCUCGGCAGGCGCGCGGCUGGGCGGCGGAGCGGCACCCGGCGCGCCUCUCCUUGCCAGACUCCUCAGCGGGGCCGGAGCCGGAGCCGGAGCCGGCGGCGCAGGAUAUCUAUUUCAGAGAGACAAAGAGGGAAGGACAUUUUAAAACCAGGGAGUCUUCAGAAUGUCAUACAGAAAAAGAAUCGAGAAAUACCAGGAUCUAGAUGAAGAUCAGAUCCUGGGGGAGCUGACGGAAGAAGAAAUCAAGAUGCUAGAGGAGGAAAUGGUGGAGCUCGAUCCAGACAAUGCGUUAUUGCCUGCAGGCAUGAGACAGAGAGACCAGACCAAAAAAACACCCACCGGCCCAUUUAAAAGGGACGACCUUCUGGCACACUUGGAGCAGCAGGCAGCCAGUACUAAAGACCGAGAGGAUCUGGUUCCUUUCACAGGAGAGAAAAGAGGGAAAGCAUGGAUCCCCAAGCAAAAAGCUAUCGAUCCUGUUUUGGAGAGUGUGACCCUGGAACCAGAACUGGAGGAGGCGUUAGCGAAUGCUUCUGACGCAGAGCUUUGCGACAUUGCUGCUAUUCUUGGCAUGCAUACCCUGAUGAGUAACCAGCAAUACUAUCAGGCGCUCGGAACCACGACAAUCGUCAACAAAGAAGGCCUAGACAGUAUAAUUAAGCCUACACAAUAUAAACCAGUUCCAGAUGAACCAAAUUCAACUGACGUAGAAGAAACCUUAGAAAGAGUGAAAAACAAUGAUCCGGACCUUGAGGAAGUCAAUCUCAAUAAUAUUAAGGACAUUCCCAUUCCGACGUUAAAAGCCUAUGCCGAAGCUCUGAAGAAUAACACCUAUGUGAAAAAGUUCAGCAUCGUUGGAACCAGAAGCAAUGAUCCCGUUGCUUAUGCACUAGCAGAAGUAUUAAAAGUCAACAGUGCCUUGAAGAGCUUGAACGUGGAAUCAAAUUUCAUCUCCGGAUCAGGAAUCCUGGCCAUCAUAGAAGCACUCCAGUUCAACAAGACACUGAUUGAGCUGAAAAUUGACAACCAGAGCCAGCUCUUGGGGAAUAAAGUGGAAAUGGAGAUCGCAAGCAUGUUGGAGAAAAACACCUCUCUCCUGAAAUUUGGGUAUCACUUCACGCAGCAAGGCCCCAGGCUUCGUGCCUCCAAUGCCAUGAUGAACAACAAUGACCUUGUGAGGAAGAGGAGGCUGGCAGAUUUGAAUGGGCCCAUCUUUCCCAAGUGCCGGACGACGCUGUAGCUCUUGGCCCCAGAGGUGGCGUUGGGGAGCUUGCACCGGACCGAGGGGAACCGUGCAGAGCGACUGUGCAGUGGAUUUGUGGUGCCUGGUUUUCAUUUGUUUGCUGUUUGUAUUUCCUCCCUGUGCACUAAAGUUUUUGACAAAUUAGCAAUUUUAGGUGAAAGUCUUUAUCAUCAAUGCAUGAGAAAUGCCUUUUAAAAAAAUUCAAACUGUCAGCCUGUUGAUUUGGGAUGACCUGACAAAAUCACAUCAAAGCACAAAGAUGUCUUGAAUUCAACUGUUUAGACUGUAGCCUCAUUUGGGGAUGGAUUUCUUGUGUGGCGUGAUGGGCAUGAGUCGUCAACCGCAGAACAACGCAAAAAGAAGAUGCUAGUCUGCAAGACUGUUUAAAAAAAUACUUUAUUUUUUAUACGCUCUCAAGAAUUAGAAAGAAGCUACAACUCUGGCGGUAUUUCUGUCUUCCUGAAGUACAUCUUCAGUUGAUACAGCUAUGAACUACAAUCUUUUAGCAACACCCCCAGCCCUUAGUUGAACCCGGUUGUAAAAGCAAUGUUUU